AUGGCUCGAACAGCCCGACCAGCUCAUAGACGCAAACACCAUACAACCAGCAGUUCGACGGCGCCAAAGGAAGAUAUCGAAAUGGCUUCAUCACCGCAAGUUCACGGCCGCGGCCACGGCCACGUUGCGGAGGUUUCAGUCGAAACUAGUAAUGGACAUUCGACGACCGCACAUCAUAACUUAUCAGAAACUCUUCACCACAUGCUACCUACACAUAGAGUCAAUCACAAGGGUUACAAAGUUACAAAGGGUAUUCAGCCUGAUGGAGAAAGUGGUAGACGCGGUAUACACCCUUUCCAUUUCUUCAAGAUAUGCUGGACUUCGACCAGUGAUGCUUCUCGACUUGUCAACAUUCUCUGGCCCGUUGUGCCUGCCGCACUCGCCGUUCGAUAUGCUAGGCCAGAUCUCCAUCUGGUGGUUUUUAUCCUCAAUUACAUCGCGAUGGUGCCCUGUGCGAAUUUGAUUGGCUUCGCCGGACAGGAGCUGGCGAGGAAACUCCCAAAGGUGUUUGGCAUAUUGUUGGAAACGACACUUGGAAGUCUUGUGGAGAUGAUUCUUUUCAUAGUCCUUCUAACAAGAGAUGAAUAUGGGGUCAUUCAAGCUGCGAUUUUAGGCUCAAUGCUAGCUACCCUACUGUUAUGUUUAGGGAUGUGCUUCUUUGUUGGUGGUUUGACACGAGAUGAACAGGAAUUCGACGAAGCUGUUAGUGAAGUUGGAAGUGGAUUGUUGUUGACGGCUGGACUUGGCCUUAUUAUACCCUCGGCAUUCGCAACGGCCUUGUCAUUGAAAACCUCUGCGGAACUCACCCCUGCCGUUAUUGCAGAAAAGGUCCUCAACAUAUCUCGCAUCACAUCUGUACUUCUCAUAAUUGCUUAUGCUACCUACGUCUUUUUCCAGAUGCGAACUCAUCACAGCAUAUACGAUGCUAUUCUAGAAGCAGAUGAACAAAAGGACGAGGAUCGCCAUAGAGAUUUGCAAAAAGACAAGCUUACCUUCACUGAGUGUGUUAUUGCUCUUGCUGUCUCAAUUGCUCUAGUGACUCUCAUUGCCAUCAGUUUGGUCGAACAGAUACCAACAAUUGUUGAAGAACAUAACAUUUCUGAUGCAUUUAUGGGCCUUAUCCUUGUUCCUCUAGUUGAAAAAGCUGCCGAGCAUCUUUCUGCGGUAGAUGAGGCUUACGACAAUCAGAUGAACUUCGCAUUGUCUCAUGUUCUAGGCGCAACGAUUCAAACAGCAUUGUUUAACGGUCCUUUGGUUGUCAUCAUUUCCUGGGGUUUGAAUAAGGGGUUGGAUCUCAACUUUGAGAUGUUUGAUAUUGUUGUCCUGAUCCUAGCUAUUUUGGUCGUAGGAAAUUUCUUACGAGACCAAAAGAGUAAUUAUCUAGAAGGAGCUCUAUGCGUGAUUGUUUACAUCAUUAUCGCAGUGGCCGCUUUCUUUUAUCCUAAUCCGGAAGAACAUGCUGUCGAAGGCGAGGCGACUGGUGCAGCCAUAGAAGCUGUUCGUCGUCUUCUUUGA